AUGCGGGCGCCCGGUAGCGCGGUACCUAUUGCGGCCCUAGUAAUUGCAAUAUCAUGUUUGUAUUGGGCUCCUGGAACAAGGGCUGGAUUUGCUUGUCUUAGCAAUCCAUGUUUAUUCGGAGUUUGUCUAGAUGAUUUAAACAGUACGUAUGCUUGUUUCUGCAUCGAUGGAUAUACGGGAGUGCAGUGCCAAACCAAUUGGGAUGAGUGUUGGUCUUCACCAUGCAAAAAUGGUGGUACGUGUAUCGACGGAGUUGCUCAAUACAAUUGCUCGUGCCCCGAUGGAUUCACAGGUGAUGACUGUUCCGUAAACAUUGACGAAUGUUUAUCGAAUCCUUGCUUAAAUAAUGGGACUUGCUGGGAUUUUGCAAAUGGUUACCGAUGUCAAUGCGGCCCUGGAUUUUUGGGAACCCGUUGCGAACAAGAUGUGGCCGUUUGUAAUGCUACAGGCUCUGCAAGAUGUCGCAAUGGAGGAAAAUGUGUUGAAGGUCCAGGAUUAGAAUUUUAUUGCGAUUGUCAACCAGGAUGGCAAGGAAGUCUUUGCGAAUUGGAAAUAGAUGAAUGCGCUUCUAAUCCUUGUCAAAAUGGAGGUGUUUGUGUAGAUAAACUUGCAGAUUAUGCUUGCGCAUGCUACAUUGGUUACACGGGACACGAUUGCGAACGACCAGUUCUGGAAUGUUCUGAUAAUCCAUGUUCCAAUGGAUCAUUGUGUCUCAUGGAAUUCGGAUAUCCGCGUUGUUAUUGUGUACCUGAUUACCAUGGCGAAAAAUGCGACCAAAAAUAUGACGAAUGUCAACUGGGUCCUCGGUGCAUUAAUGGAGGGACCUGCAUAGAUGGAGUAGAUGGUUUUACAUGCUCCUGUCCACAAGGCAUAUCUGGUCUUCUAUGCGAAUGUUUAGAACUGCCUUAUGGUUUAUUGGAUUGUUCUUAUGUUCGGCCAAAUUUAACUACAACCACUACCGAAAUUAUAACUUUUACGACAACUGAAACUACUACGAUCAUAGAAACAACAUCUUUAUCAACAACAACAGAAAUUCCGACCACAGAGAUACCAACCACAAUAAUAGCUUUUACAUCGGAACCCACUAGCACAGAGCUCACUACCCAUAUGUUUGAUAUCACUACAAAAAUCAAUGAAGCACAAGAUACUGUCGAACCAAGAACAAUCGAAGAAAUUUCUACCACAACGGAAGAUUUUACGAAUAUAAUAUUUCCAACUACUUUUGCACCACAAUCGUCAGUAAUUAAUAAAUCGACGGAACAUACGACGGAAUUUACAACAAUUACGUUCUCGCCAAGUGAUCCUCAAACUACGACUAUUAUUUCAACUUCAUCUGAAAUAACUGAUAGUACUAUCACUACUCCUUCAGGGUUGUUAAAUGUCACUGAUAUAUCUCAUUUUUUCACCGAUGAACCCGAUGCGAGACCAGGGCAGACAUCAACCGAAUCAGACACAACAAUGCCCUGGACGAGUUCGUCAACUAUCAGUUCAACUUUUACAUCAUAUUUGGAUUUGACGACUUCUACAGCAACGGUUGUAUAUGGUAACGAGUGCAAAAAUUUAUUCUGCGAAAAUGGUGGUACUUGUAUAACAACUUCUGAGGGAGCAAAGUGCAUUUGUACAUUUAAAUACCACGGCAGCACCUGCUCAAGACCAAUAAAUAUUGCGACAGCCGCUUUUGGUGGUACUUCGUUUUUGACACAUCGUUUGCCCGAUUCGGUCCUGUACGGCCCAAAUCCAAGUAUCGAUGUGAAAGUACAGGCCCGUACUUUAGCUCCUGAUGGAGUUUUAUUGCAUGCUACUGUUGGUGACGAUGCUUAUAUGACUGUUUAUUUGAAAGAAGGUCUAUUAAAAUUCGAAUUCAGCUGUGGAGUGCAAACAAUGGUUCUUGGAGAAACGAGAGCUCCUGUUAACGAUGGAAAUGAAAUGGGUAUAAGAGCAAGCUUGGUCUUCAAUCCAGAACAUAAUCACUGCAAUGCUUCACUUCGAAUUAAUGAUACUCUAACAAUGAGUGGCGAUCAGCUAUUCAAAUCAUUCCUUGGUUUGCCGUGGUCCAGCAAAACUUGGUUGCAUUUGGGAGGAUUACCGCAAUCCAAUCAGAAACCAGAUACCAAUAAACGACAAGGUUUUGUUGGUUGCAUGCGCGGUCUAAAGGUGGGUGAUCAGAACGCGUCAAUUUUCGAGAACGCUAUCAAGGGGUCCGAAGUGGCCGAAUGCUCUUCCUUUGCUUGUUUAUCGAGUCCUUGUCUCAAUGGCGCCAUUUGCCAUCAGAACGGAGAAGCCUGGUAUUGCGAAUGCAAAAAUGGAUUUACAGGAAGAGCUUGCGAAAAAUCAAUUUGUUCCAAUAAUCCAUGUUUGUAUGGCGCUACCUGCGCUCCAUUUCCUGGCAGCGGAUUCAUAUGUUUAUGCCCCUUUGGAAAACAUGGACAAUUUUGCGAACACAACUUGGAAAUAGCUCAACCAUCUUUUGCAUCUACAAUAAAUGGGUUGUCGUCUUAUGUGGUGUAUCCUAUGAAUGGACCAGUUACAUAUAGUAUGGAAAUGCAUUUGAAAAUAGUUCCAAAAACUCAAGAGCAAAUUUCCUUGAUAGCAUUUAUGGGUCAAAAUGGAGUGCAUGAUCAAGGAAGUGACCAUCUGGCUAUAAGUUAUGUAAAGGGAUAUAUUAUGCUCACUUGGAAUUUAGGUUCCGGUUAGUAUUUAAAGAAAUUUUUUAAUGUGCCAGACGAAUUUUUUACACCACGUGCGAUUUCUCCACUCCCUGAUGGUAGUCCACAUGUUAUCAAAACUGGAAGACAAGGUAGAAGAGCGUGGCUCUGGGUUGAAGGUGUUGCCAAUGUAACAGGCAGGUCACCUGGACAUUUGCAGAAAUUGGACGUCGAACCAUUUCUAUAUAUAGGUGGGCACGUUUCUCGUCACUUUACACCUUUGCCUCAUGAUUUGCCAUUACAUGAUGGAUUUAUUGGUUGCAUUUACGACGUAGAACUAAGAAGUGGAAAAUCGACACCUCAGAUUGUUCAAGAUACUCGAUUAUCGCACGGCAGAGGUGUAUCCAGGUGUAUGGUCUCUGAAUGCAAUUCUCAAGCGUGUUCAGAUUCUGCUGGCGCUUGCAUAGAGCACGGAGCAACUCGGACGUGCUUGUGUGUCCCCGGAAGGGCGGGCCCGGAUUGCUCAGCACAUUGCAUAGCUAAAAGCAGAGGUGAAUUUGAUUGCGAUUGCCCUUGGGGAAGACACGGAGCAAAAUGUGAUAAAGUACAGAAUAUUUCUGAUUCGCUUUUUUCUGGAAUUCGAUCCUAUUUAAUACUGCCCAAUGGACCAAUAUUAGGACCUCAAUAUAUAUUACGACUAGAUAUUCGGCCAUUGUCUGAAAGAGGAUUAAUUUUAUUCAGUGGUGAUGCUGACAAGGGUUACUUUUGCUUAAGCUUAGAGGGCGGAGUACUGGAGCUACGAAUAAAAGUCUCAGGUUCUAAAGAAUCAACUGUUCGAAGUGGCAGAGUUCUUUCAAACGCAGAGUGGCAUUCUAUUCGAAUCACCAGAUACGGAAGAAGAAUAAGCCUUUGGACGGAAGGUUUAGCAAAUAGUGGAACCGUAAGAUCUCGAACAAAUGCAUAUAAUGAUAAAGUAAGAGGGCUGCCUGAUUUAUCAGAAUUACCCUUUGGCUCAGUAACGGGAUUUCCUGUACCUUUCAAAGGCUGUAUUCGGAAUUUACAUUUUGGCGGCAUAAAAAUGCUCUGA